UCAACAAGAGUGAUACUGAAGAAAGAAUAAUUAAUUAAUCUUUAAUCUUAAGCUGCUGAUUAAAUCAAGCAAAAUGACAUCAUUCAAUUUCUUUGUUUUCAUACAAUUAUUGGCAAUGAUAAUUGCCGUUUCAUGCCGUUCAAUCGAAAUGGAUUCAUUGGUCUAUGGUGGUGAUGAAUCACCGAUCGCUUGGUUAGCCGAUGAAUUUUUGCAACAAUAUCUGAUUCAUAACAACGGAAUUUCCUCAUCAUCAUCAUCAUCGAACAGCAAAAUACCGAAUCGGAUAAUUGGUGGUGUAGAUGCUGAACCAGGUGAAGUUCCAUUCAUAACACAAUUGUUUCGAAGAUUUUUGUUUAGUAAUCGAUUCCUUUGUGGUGGAUCGUUGAUCACAUCACGUACAGUGUUGACUGCUGCUCAUUGUGUUAACUAUUUCACCAACUAUCGAAUUCGUUAUGGUACCAAUAGCAUAUUAUGGUCACCAUUUCCAGAAGUUGAAGUAAAAAUGAUGAAACCGCAUCCUAAAUUCGAUUUAUCUACUGUUCAGAAUGAUAUCGCUUUGUUUAUAUUGAAAAAUCCAAUCAAACCCGGAUCUAAUGUUCAAACAAUCGAAUUGGCCGACACAGCAGUUUUAGCUGGUACAAAUGCAUCGUUGUAUGGAUUUGGAUUGACCCAAGGUAAUGGUAAUCAACCAGCAACCAGAAUGCAAAAGACUACAUUAAUCGUAAUGGAUGAAAAAGAAUGUGCAAAACAUAUCGCCAAUCUUAAUAUUGAAAAAUCUCCUGGAAUGUUUUGUGCUUCAGCACCGAAUCGAUCUGCAUGCAAUGGUGAUUCCGGUGGUCCAUUAGUCGAUACCAUAAGUAAAAAACAGAUUGGUAUUGUUUCAUUUGGUACUAGAUAUUGUCCAGUUGGUUCAGUCAAUGUUUUUACAAAUAUUUCUUAUUAUAAAGAUUGGAUCAAUGAAAACAAAGUAGAAUGAAACACAAAUUCUAUUCGAUUAAAAUAAA